AUGGCCUCACAGGACAAAUACGAACUUGAAGGUCCAAAUCGCGAUGCCGACUCCUUCCACCACCACGGUCGAAAACGCUCCACCAACGGGUUCUCCCGCCUCUCCAAACCCCUGAUCAACUCCGUGCGCAAUGCAUGGCAAUCCUCCUCCCCAGCCUACCACCCUCUCACCUCCACAAACGAAGACAAGCACCCGCGCUGGGUGCAAAUGGCCCUGUCAGUCAUUGCGGCGCCACGAUUCCGCCGAUACGUGAUCAUAUACUUGACGCUCUUCCUACUUGGCUGGGCAGGCUGGGGACUGGUUCUUUCGCCGCAUCUUCAGGACCGCGCAGAUAUAUCUCGUGCUCUGGACGCCAGUUCAAGGACGACUGGGUGGUUCGGGACAAAUGCGUUGCCGAGGUUUGAUGAUUUGACUCUCAUUCAGACCCUGGACCCGAAAUUCCUCCCCGGUGGUCCGGUUGACGUGGAGACUCUUGGUGCAGGGUCUCGGAAACGUUUGGUUGUUGUCGGAGAUGUACAUGGGUGUAAGGAUGAAUUGUCUGAGCUUCUAGAGAAAGUCUCUUUCUCCAACGAGGGGGGCGACCAUCUCAUUUUCACGGGCGACUUGAUCAACAAGGGGCCCGAUAGUAACGGUGUUGUGGACAUGGCGCGAGAGUUGUCGGCAUCGUGUGUGCGUGGAAACCACGAAGACCGAGUCUUACUUUUGCGGAAGGAAAUGGCGGAUACGCAGACUUUUGCGGAGGAGCAAGAUGUGGGCAUCAAUCUUUAUACCGAGAAACAGUUGAAGGAACGCGCUUUGGCUCGCGCUUUGAGCGAUGAACAGGCGGAGUGGUUGGGAACUUGUCCGGUCAUUUUGAAUGUCGGCCAGAUUCCCACUAUGGGCCAGGUCAUUGUUGUUCAUGCUGGUAUUGUUCCGGGCGUGGAGCUUGAGAGGCAAGAUCCGUCUCUUGUGAUGACAAUGCGAACCAUUGAUGUCGAUACACAUGUGCCGAGUGAAUCGAGUGAAGGUCUGAAAUGGGCCAAGAUGUUUAAUAAACACCAGUCGAACUUGGAGAAGAGUCUCUCGUCAUCAAGUGAAGACCCCCGUUCCGGGCUUAUGACCGUCAUCUACGGCCACGACGCCAAAACCUCGCUCAAAAUUCGCACAUAUGCCAAGGGCCUCGACUCUGGGUGUGUGAAAGGUGGUAAAUUGACCGCGCUUGUCAUCGAAGAUGAUGGGACGCAAAACAUCGUCCAGGUUAAAUGCCGUAAUUACUCAAAGGGCUAA